AUGACUCCAACUGGUUUCCGGUUUGUGAUCGUGAAAAUUCGUGAACAAGCCAAGCCAAAGUCAAAGAAAAAUAAGAAAUUGGCACGUCGGCGACAGUAUGCUUCCUGCAUACCGAGAGGGGAGGAUUCGUCGUCGAAUUACGACACCGUAUCCGAUUCCGAUGAGGGAAACCAACCUAUCGCAGCAAACAAUGGACCAAUUGCAAAAACUCAUACGGACAGUGAUUCGUCUUCGGACGAUGAUGAUUCCGGUGUGGAACAUGAUUCGUCGGCAGAAGAGAGUGUUUCUUCGGAUGGAACUGCAACCUUGGUGGCACAUACUUCGUCGGGAGAAAAGACUAUGUCUUCGGAAGAUGAUGAUGCGGUACCAGGUGAUGAUUCCGAAGUAGAUGAUUCGUCGCCAGAUAACGAUUCCGAUGUGGAAUAUGAUUCGUCAGCUGAAGAGUGUGUUUCUUCGGAUGAAAGUGCAAUCUUGGUGGCAGAUACUUCGUCGGGAGAAAAGACUAUGUCUUCGGAAGAUGAUGAUGCGGUACCAGGUGAUGAUUCCGAAGUAGAUGAUUCGUCGCCAGAUAACGAUUCCGAUGUGGAAUAUGAUUCGUCAGCUGAAGAGUGUGUUUCUUCGGAUGAAAGUGCAAUCUUGGUGGCAGAUACUUCGUCGGGAGAAAAGACUAUGUCUUCGGAAGAUGAUGAUGCGGUACCAGGUGAUGAUUCCGAAGUAGAUGAUUCGUCGCCAGAUAACGAUUCCGAUGUGGAAUAUGAUUCGUCAGCUGAAGAGUGUGUUUCUUCGGAUGAAAGUGCAAUCUUGGUGGCAGAUACUUCGUCGGGAGAAAAGACUAUGUCUUCGGAAGAUGAGGAUGCGGUACCAGGUGAUGAUUCCGAAGUAGAUGAUUCGUCCGCAGAUAAUGAUUCCGAAGUGGAACAUGAUUCGUCAGCAGAAGAGAGUAUGUCUUCGAUUGAAGCUGCAUCAUUAGUGGUACAUCCUCCGUCUGGAGAAGAGUCUAUGUCUUCGGAAGAUGAUGAUGCGGUACCAGGUGAUGAUUCCGAAGUGGAACAUGAUUCGUCAGCAGAAGAGAGUAUGUCUUCGAUUGAAGCUGCAUCAUUAGUGGUACAUCCUCCGUCUGGAGAAGAGUCUAUGUCUUCGGACGACGAUGAUCCCGUAGUUGAUGAUGUAUUAUUGGCGGUACAUGAAUCAUCCGCUCAUGAAGACAAACUCAUACGCACAGGAGAGUUUGGCUUCGAAGAAUGA